AUGCGAUGCGCGAGCAAGGCCGCCGAGAGCGCGUCUGCACGUCUCUGUGCGGACGCCGAAGCAGAAACCACAGCAACUGAUGUCCCAUCGGUUGCUGAAGAGACCCAGCCUGUGUCACUUGGUGACGCAGGCGCUGGUCAUGAAGACACUCGUGUCUUCACAGAGUACGAGCUCGGUGUCUCGUACUCUCCUGAUACGGAUGACGGAUCCGUAUCGACGGCAAUUGAAUCCAAGCCGCCUGCCAAGCGUGGCAUGGACGAUGCUUUGCGUCGCAGCAUCUUUGGUUCAUCUGAUGAGUCAGAUGAACCAUCGCCGAAGCGAAGGCGCUCGAGGUCGCGAGACUCGGGCGCUAAUAGUGGUGUCGGUUCUCCAAUGGACACCACUUCACAGCGAGGUGCCAGUACUUCUGUCGGCACGUCGCAGGAAGAGCGGGACCGCAAUGUGUUGCGUCUCGCUCCAGAAAAGAAGGCAUGGAUGCCUCCAAAAUCUGUCAUGGAUCACUUGUCGGCGACGACGAGUGAUCGUUAUCGAACACGAUUGUUCGAUUCGUCAAGGAUCCAUCACCUUGACCCCAGCGCGAAAGACUAUCGCGCUGAACAUGAGUUCUUCAUCGAUGCUUUCUUCAGACAUCGAUGGUACAGUGGGAAUCACAAACGUGAUGGUCCCUCACUACUUCAGGCGUGGAACGCCUACAUCCAUAACCUCGAGGAUGUAGGUCGUGACGCUUGGAACGACAAACUUAUCAAAGCUCGUGAUAAGUUUGAAAAGCGAACCCCGACAGGUGCACGCUACAAGCUGCAUCGUCUGUCAAGGGAGAAAGGAUUACCCUGCCUCUCUUGGGGAGACUCGUGCCCAUGUUGUGUGAACAACUCUGCACGAGCACCUAAGGAGGCUUACCUCCUUACCAGCCCGUGGUGGCGCGUACGUGUCUCUACUGAGAUGUACGAAGGGAUUGACAACCUGAAAUCCCUUUACGACCGUGCCGGGAAGACUUUCUCCGGCGGUCCUUCUGCGGCACAGGAUGUGCCGCGUCGUACUGCUCGACCAGACCCAGUACGUCAACCAUCAAUCGGGAGCGGGGCUCCCAAGAAUCCCAGGACGGGGAUAGGCGCCACCGGACGAGGUAACUCGUCCGACGUCCGUUCACGUCGCGGUGGUUCAACAGCUGCUCAACUAGAUAGCGCUGGCCACCGCGAGAGUCCUCUAAUGGAGGUGGAGGAGGAGGAAAGACGCUCUCCACACGAUCAUGUGGAUCGGUGUGUUCCCGAGAGCUUCUUUGAUCGCGUAACGCAAGGGUUACGCGACGAUCUCGAGCAUGAGCGGAAUAGGCGUCUCCAGAUGGUGGACACUGCCUCGAAGCAUCGAGCUGAGUUUGCCUUUGCUCAGCUUGAGAACGAGAGAGCUCUGACAUCUCUUCGUGACGAGCUAAGGGUAGCUCGUGGGAUUGUUGAUCGGUCUCGGGAUCAGAUAGCUGCUCUUCAGACCCUUGUUGAUGCCCACCAUCGGGAGCACAAGGCUCUCUGCGAGAUGCUUGAGCGCAAGGGCGUUCUUCAUCGGAAGAAGCAGCGUACUGAUGGUACGGCUUAA